AUGGGGGCAAAAGCGAUGAGGGAUAUACGGGCGUCGGUAAGGUUGUUUGUGAGAAGGAUGGCAGAGGGUCAUCUUGCGAUAGAUGUAUUGAAUUUAGAUUGUAGAGUCAGGCGUUCAGAACAAAAAUUAGAACGCAAGUUGAUGCGAAGAGAGCAAGACUCAUUUGAUUCAACAAAUGAAGAGUUUAUUGAAUUAUACCGCAUAAACCCACAACUUGCAGCAGACCUGAUUGACACUCUACAGCCUAGUUUACAACGUGUAUUAACAGCUGUGAGAUUUUAUGCUACCGGUUAUUAUCAACGUCCAGUAGGAGACCAGUGCGAUAUCUCAUUAAGUCAGUCAUCAGUGAGCCGGUGCAUUCGUGAUGUCACAAAUGCUAUUAAUGAACGAUUACUAAAGCCAUGGGUACAAUUUCCCAUGACUCCGGAAGACCGGCAACGAGCAGCAUCUCAAUUUGUCACCGCACGUCAACCAUUUCAAGGAGCUAUUGGAGCAAUUGAUUGCACUCAUGUCGCAUUGUUUGGGCCUAGAGAACAUCAGGUGGCAUAUGUUAAUCACCAUGGAUAUCACUCACUCAAUGUGCAAGCGAUAUGUGAUCGUAAUUUAACGAUAUUAAACAUCAAUGCACGUUAUCCUGGGGCAAGAAAUGAUACAUACAUAUGGAAUACAUCCUCUGUACGACGCAUAAUGGAGCGUGAAUAUAAUCGAGGAGAAAGAACGUUUCUUUUUGGUGACCAGGGUUACCCCUUGGAACCACGCCUGACUCCAUUACCUAAUGAACGAGAAGAAACCCAACGUUUCAAUUAUAAUCAAUCGUUGUGUAGUGCAAGAAACUGUAUUGAACGAUUGUUUGGAGCGCUUAGAAGUACGUGGAGGUGUCUUUCUAAACACAGAGUUUUGCAAUAUGAGCCUGGAAUGGCUGGAAAAAUUGUUAAUGCCUGCGCAGUAUUACACAAUAUGCGUAUUGAUUUUGGGCUACAACCAGAUAUGUAUGAGGAUCCAAAUGAAUAUGUAAUAAAUAUACCUAACAUGGCGAACAUGGAUGAUGAUGACGACAAUAAUCUUCCGCCUCUUGCACUUGCUCGCCGUAUUCAAGAUCGGUUAAUACAUGCAUGAUUUAGAUUAUGAAAGAUCUAAUGUUGUUACGGUGGAUGUAGACCAUGAGAGGCAUAAUAUUGGUACGGGGGAACAAGUUACUCUUCAUCGAUUGAUUUAAUUUUGAGAUUUUGCUGAGCGGAGCGCAGACUACUAUGACUGUCAAUACACUGGGACUUUUGGGUCCGGCCGUUCGUUAUAUACCCAAGAUAUGCUUACGUAUCGCAGUGGAGGUGGCACAAGUCAGGGGUGGUUUUAUGUUUUUGUUUCUGGCAAAUUCCGUACCCCUGACUUGGCUGACGCGGCGCGUAGGCCAUACUCAAGUAUACGGGUGUAUGGGCCUGCUAGCCGUCUAAGGAUAGCGGUACCCUGGGCAAA